GGGGGGUAUGUUCCAGCAUGUCGGCUGCUGGCUAUGUAUAGCGGGGAAGCGCUUGCUGACGAUCACUCUGAGCCUAACAGCAGAACAAAUCUGUUUGGUGCCCAAUCAGCGCUUUCUCGUCCUUUCGUUCAACUCUUAUAACAAACCAGCAAGAUGAGGAUCACCCUGAUCACCGUCCUUCUCUUCGCCCUUCUUGGCAUCUCCUCAGCCUGGUUGUGGUCCAACAACAAGGACGCUGCCCCAGCCAAGGCCAAUCACGCCGUCCACAAGAGGCAAGUAGACAAUGUCACUGAUGGUGAAGGAGCUGACGAUGGCCCAGAAGAUGACGCAGAUGAUGAGGAUGAGGACGAUGAUGAGGAUAUGGAUGAUGAUGAUGAGGACGAGGAAGAUGAUGGAGAUGAAGACCAUAAGGAAGUUCCCACCACAAAGAAGUGAAGAGGCGAAUGACCUAAACUAAGAAGAGCCAAAAAAAAUGGCGAUAGGCAUAAGAAUGAAGUACUGAAACAAUAAUCCAUUUCAGUCCAAUCAUCUGUAGAAUAGUCUCAUUUAAUAUAAGGAAGAAUAAAUUAUCAUUAUAAAGUUAUUCGUCUUCCAGAUGUUCCAAUGUAUUCUUAUUUAUUAGCAUCAUAGAAUUCAAUAAAAUAUAUUUUCUCUCUCUGCGC